CCACCAGGCAAUUUGCAUCGACCUAGCUAUACUCUACCUCACUCACUCAGCCUCUCCGAGACACACGAAAAUACACAACCGUUGGUUCUAUCUGUUCGGCUUCUGUGUCUAUCUCUCCUACUACACGCCAAUUCUACUUAACUGAGAGUAGAAGAGAGACUAAGCGAUGGGUUAGAUUCCAUAUCCGAAAUGGAGUCGAUCUGUGGGAGACUACUGGUAGCUGAAUGAUGGUCUUCCAAAAUGAAAUGGAGGUUGCGGUACUAUUGCUGAUGAUCUGGUAGCUUUACUGCAUGCAUAGAUCCACCAUACUGUGUCCACCAUAGAUCCACAUCAUGCGUGCAGAGGUUAUUGGGGCUGACACGAUAGACGAGGCUGCUACGGAAGUUCUCCAAGUGCUCAAGGAAAAGGCUAAUACUGCUAGAAGUGUAAGCAGCAGAGACAAUGUCUUCUACUUCGAUGGCUGGGACGGGCUUGGGGCAUCCGCCGUCCUCCGAAACAUCGCCCAACGCCUCACUGCUACUACACCAGCUGGGAAGAGAGCGCUGGCCGACCUGGAGUUUGAUCAGGUCAUCCACAUCGACUGCUCAAUGUGGGAGAGCAGGAGAGCAUUUCAGAGGGCGGUCGCGGAGCAGCUGAAGCUCCCCGAUGAAGUGAUGAAGCUGUUUGACAGGCAAGACGAGGAGGACGAUUUCCUUGGGGUGGCCCAGGGCUCUCGCCUUGAGGUAGAACAAGUCGUCAGAGAGAUGCAUGAGUGCAUACAGAAGCUGAACCGUAGAUUCUUGGUCAUCUUCCACAAUGGGAGCGGAGAGGAGAUCGAUCUGGCCAGUUUUUGUGGCUUCCUUUUGUCCGGGUACUCAACCAGCAAGGUGCUCUGGACAUUCCAAGGGAGGUACCGGAUCAAACCUCGGACCAAAGUUGACAAGGCCAUGAAGAGCGCAGGAAAAACUGAUGCUUUUGUCUCAGUGGUCCCACGCAAUGAGAGUCAAGAGGAGGUAUGGUCCUACCUUGUACUCCAAGAGGCUGCGGAAGUAGCUGAAGCAUGCAAGGUCACUGCUGGGUCUCGCGACAUUAUCGAUCAGCCAGCACAAGUGGCCGAGUGCUUCAUAUACAUGUUGGAGCAGUGUUGCCACUCGAUUGACUUUGAUUUGGCCACCCAUGGCACCAACUACUGGGUAUGUGAUGGCAUCAUACAACAGCUAAAACUGGAAGGAAGAGUCCUCAGCGCUAAUGAUGAUAGUGAUUGGCUUUGGAGAGCUGCCGAUGCGCUGCAGCGUGAGAUAGCAUUGGAUGUAGACUACCAUCAACAUUUUCCCUCUUCUCACUUGUCAAUAUGUGUCGAGCGCAAGCCAUAUUGGAUUUCACCAAAUUAUGGGUUUAAUCGGGUCCCGGGCAGAGCUAUCCUUAAUGGGGGCAUUUUCCAACACUAUCUCGACAAGCUUCGUGUUCUCAAGCUCUCACGCUGCACCUUCAACUUCCAAUCACCUCCAUUCCUCUGCUGCCAGGGCCUCAGGUUUCUAUGGCUUGACCAUUGCCAAGACACUGGGAUCAACACAGACGGAGAAGGGAAGGAAGAGGACGUCCGUCGGUGCUUCCAGAGGUUGUGGGUGCUCGACGUGCGCUAUAUGCACCGUGUUCAUAUCUUGUCUGGACAGAUGAUGGAUUACAUGACUCAACUCAGGGAGCUAAAUGUGAUGGGAGCCUGGGAAUGGGACAUGGGACAGCUCCAGGGACGAUUGCCUAACAUCCGCAAGCUCCGAGUAACAAAGUCUAAAGUCACCUUUAGGUGCUCAGAAGAGGACCUGUUCUCAAAGAUGAACAACCUGGAACUUCUUGACUUUUCAGGAAACAACAUUUACAGUGCUCGCAGUCCGAGGUUACCAGCGGCCAUCACAAUCAACAAUAGUAGCUGCCUUGAGACCGUCAAUAUUGGCGAGAAUAGGGCAUUAGAGGGAAUCUCCUUCAAGGGAUGUACUAAACUGAAGAAUCUAAUCUUUAGUGGGUGGCUGUAUGAUGUCCGUGCCAUAGACAUCUCAGGCACAGCAGUGAAAACACUGGAUCUCACUGCGGCAACAACAAUCAAUAAUCUCAAUGAGCUCUAUCUACUUGACUGCAAGAAGCUUUGUGCAAUACUGUGGCCACCAAAACGCAACAUGAAGCAAGACAUAGAUAUGCUCUGCAUUGACACCACGCGGUCAGCACCCACUGCCCAAUCUAGGGAAGAAAUAGCCAAGAGGGGUACUACUACUGCUGCUACUAUAGGAACAUCGGCAGCAACAACAGUACUGCAUCGCAGUCGACCGACCAAUGAAUUUCCUUGGUACAUUUCUGUAAGGGAUGCAAGGCUCCUCAUGUCCCUUGAGGCAGUGUAUUCCGAUUCCCGCGAGCUAUAUUUGGAGGUUUCCCCUACACCAAGUCCUACUGUUUUUGCUGCUGUUUGCAGAGAUGAUGAAGGAAUCAAGAGCGGCAGCAGCAGUGAGCUACAGCGACAGCCUGCACCUGCAAUAUACGCAGCAACAGGUACCACCGCUAAAUGUGAUGGUGAUGCUCCGGGGAUCAUGUGGCUGUGGUCUUGCCCGGAUGUUCCUGAUCUUGGCCUACGGAGCAGCUACAUCCACAUACAAGAAACCAAUACCAUUACUGUGCCAAGGUUUGUAAUUGAUUGUGCUAAAAUCCUGCAUGUGCGGGAUAGCAUGUCCAUCACUGUUUUUCCUUCGGGCACCAGCAAGUACCAGGGUUCAGAAUGGCACCAACUGGAGUGGUGCAGAAUCGAGAGGUGCCCCAGAUUGGAGGAUGUGUUCACUCCCAGAGGCCCCUCAGAGUGGAGGACGUCCCACAGCAUGAAGACAUUCUGGGCCUCACAGCUCCGGAAGGCAAGCUGUAUCUGGAAGUGGAGUGAACCCUAUGGAGCCAGUAAAUUCCCAUACCUGGUAUUUUUGCACCUGGAUUGCUGCCCCAGGCUGGUGCAUGUACUCCCUUUGUCAAUACACACGAUCGCCCAGGCUGGUCAGCUAGAAACCCUCGAGAUCACGUGGUGCGGGGAUCUCCGGGAGGUAUUUCCUGUGGACACCAUCGCCAAGCGCUACGUGAAGCUGCUGCCUCAGCCAUUUACCGUAGACUUCCCCGGUCUCAAGCGUAUCCACCUGCAUGAGCUCCCUAGACUACAUAGCAUCUGUGGGGUCAGGAUGUCCGCGCCCAAUCUCGAGACCGUCAAGAUCAGGGGUUGCUGGAGCCUCAGGCGCCUCCCGGACGUCGGCGACGGCGACAAGGCGGUGGAGUGCGACUGCGAGAAGGAAUGGUGGGACAGGCUCGAGUGGGAUGAUGGCUCGCAGGUGACCCGCUACAAGCCGAUCCACUCGCGGUACUACAAGAAGACCCUGCUCAGGAGCUCUGUGCUCAGGUGAGGUGAGGCCCUUCACUGCUGGAUCUCCUGCUGAUCUCCUGCUGAUUCUGCUUCAGCGGCAGUUCGAUUGAUUUGUGUGUGAGAAUGACGACACGGAUGCAUGCUUCGCUUGCGUCCAGGUUGUUUGCUUCUGCUUCGAUUUACUUUGUUUUGGUUUGGUUGUUGGUCGUUCUUCCUCAGCGGAUCCAACCCAACCACUAUAACACGGAUUGAAAAAGCGUGUUAUCAUGACAUCUUGAUGGAUAAGAUGGCGUGAUGUAUGCAGACGACAGACCCCUAUGUGCCCUGUCUGGAGCUUUGGAGAAAAUAAAAGCAAGAGCCAGCGAUCGUUUCAGUUCAGCAGCUGAGUUCCCUUCGGUUUGCUUCUGCAGUUGCUGCGCUUAGGCUGGUGUGCUUGUGGUGUGUGCUGUAUUUCUGUGGCGUGUGGGCUUUCAGUAUUGCGUAGAAUGGAGUGAUCAAUGUUGUUUGUCGUUGAGGCACUUGUAUUUAUAAACAAAUCAAUAAAUGCUGAUGGUUGUCUGUGUAAUUUGAAUGUCCACUGUUGUACUC